AGCUGACUGGAUCUGGACUCAAACACUGUGUUAGUCAAAUGUCUGUGUAAGAUUUACCAGCAGAGGACAAUAAAGACUCAAUAAUAUACUCUCUGAAAAACCCUACUUUCGGUUUUGUUGAACUUUGAUGUCACUAAACGUGCUGUGGUUUAUAAAAUUUAAACAGCCAGAAUAUAAAACUCACGCAGAACUUUUACAAUGUUCAGAUGCUUCAAUCUUCUUCUGCUGCUGUUUUGUCAGGUUUAUCACAGCGGAAACACAUCUAAACCUGUGUCAGGAGAAAAGAGAGGAAACGUCAUCUUGCCAUGUCAAUAUGAGGACCGUAAUAUUGGUCACAUUGAUUUAUUCAGUGAGGUAGAAAAAAUAGAUGUGUGUGAGACUGAAGAAUGUAGUGGACGAGUGUUUAAAGAAGGAAACUGUGACGUCGUCAUCAAGAAUCUGAUCUUCAGUGACGCUGGGAAAUACACUUUGAGAAUCUAUUACAAUAAUGAUCAGACAGAGCUGAAGUACCAACUUCAUAUUCAUGAUGAGAUUUCUGUGAAAACAGGCGAGGAGCUAAAGAUGUCUGUUCUGGUGUCUGAUGCUGAUAAAGUGAAGACAAACUCUAGUGGAGAGUGGAAGGAGGUUUGGACGAGAGAUCACGGGGUUCAGAGCGACCGAAUGAAUAAUGAUGAUGGAAACCUGACCAUUAAAUCAUUUCUGGACAGUGAUGCAGGAACAUACAGAGUUCUGGACACUGAAGGAGAAAUCUUGAUCACAGUCACAGUCAGAGAAUCAAAGGAAACACUGGAGCACACUGAUGACAGUAAAUGUGACGCUGUCGUCUCUUGGAUUGCACUGACUGUGGUUGUGCUUCUGCUGGCUCUGAUUCUGACUGCUGUCACGUUACACAAGCGUCUGCUCAGAGGUGACCUGCGCUGUCUCUCCAGAAGCACUGAGGGCCCAUAAUGAUGUCUGCUUAGGGCCCCACAGACUCUGAUUAAACUGGGGAGGUGUGCAGGACAUUAGUGACCUCACUGCUGGACACUGAACUCACCAACACUUCAACAGAAACAUCACACACUUCACAACUGCAGAAACGGUUAGAAACAAUAUGUGUUCAAGAACUGGCUCCAAAUAUCAGACGUGUGUGAAACUCUCAGACUGGAUGAAAUCAAAGUCUGAAACUAAAGAAAUCAUGAGUUCAUCACACAGUUCAGGAUUUUCUGGUGAAUCUGUCAGAUCUGAGCAAAGUCUAGCAGCUCACACUGUUUUCAGUGUUUAUGAACAUUUGAGCUGGAGCCUAUCUCUGUUUGUUAACUGUAUCUGCAUUCAGCAUUAGACUGUGUGCGUGUAAAUAUGUGUAUUUGUACAGUUUUCUAUUUAAAUAUUGUUUUAAAAAUGUUUAUAUUUUGCAUUUGUUUGUUUAAUGGUGCAUUAUGCAUUGUUCUUGGUAAAUCUGCUUUGAAACAGUAUUUAUUGUGAAAUUAAGAUGACAUGUCAAGUUAAAUAAAUUGUAAAAAUGUAUAUUGAGACUCCUGCAGUGUGUUUUGUGGCACUUUGUCUGAUUUAGGAACAUGUUUUAUUU